AAAAGUCAUUGGUUUUUAUUAUUUGUUUCUGUUAGUUUUCGUGUGUUGUGUGGUGUCAUUGUGCGUGUAUGCUUUUGGACUCUUGCCAUUGCAUUGCAUCAUCCAUCCAUAAACUGUCUCUCUCUCUCUCUUUUCUUAUCUCUGCACUGCAUCCAUGUCGGCCAUCAUCUCUUUCCUUUGAAUUGAAUCCACCUCAAGAUUCUCUUUUCUAAUUUCUACCUUUUUCUUUCUUUCUUAUAUUCUAAACUUUGAAGAAGAAGAUCUUGUUACAUAUAUGUAAUACAUAUUAUUUUGUUGUCACUACUUGUUUUUUCUUCUCUUCAUUUUUUAGCUUGGAUCUUGAACUGUUUUUUCAUUUUUAUAUAUGUAAAAAAUUUCAAGUUUGAAAUUCUCUGUUAAAAAACAGAACAGAAAAAAUAAUUUGGUGGGUAUGAACAAUUUUCAUGAAAUUUCAAAUUUUGAUAAACAUGGAAGCAACCCUUUGAGAUAUUUAAUUGUUCAAGACAUUAGGAUUUUCAUUGUGUCAAUGUUUUGGAGACAAAGUAGUUAAUUGCCAUCAAAAUUGAAGAAAAAAUAAAUAAACUUUAUGAAAUCUGAAUUAUUAUUAGUCUGUCAGCAAAAUUGAAGACUCAAGAGAAGCAGUGAGCAACUGGGAUUUUUGUUUCUGAAUUUUGUUGACACGUGGCAAGCAAUUUUCUUCUUGUUCCAGCGGUUACUGUGAUCAUAUAUGACUUUUCAGUUGCAGAAAUUUUGCAGUGAAAGUUUUUUGAAGAUGAAUAUAUUUAUGGAUUCAAGAGAUAAUAACAAUAAUAACAACUCAUCAGAAGAAGUUGAAAGGUGUUUAGAUCCUCAGCUAUGGCAUGCUUGUGCAGGUGGAAUGGUUCAGAUGCCAACAGUGAACAGUAAAGUUUAUUACUUUCCUCAAGGUCAUGCUGAACAUGCAUGUGGACCUGUUAACUUCAUGAAUUGUCCAAAGGUUCCACCUUUGAUUCCAUGCAAAGUUUUGUCUAUAAAGUAUAUGGCUGAUCCUGAAACAGAUGAGGUUUAUGCUAAGCUUAAGCUUGUUCCUUUGAGUGGAAAUGGAAAUGGAAAUGGAAAUGAUGCUGCAGAUUAUGACACUGUUGGAGGAAAUGAAAAUCAAGAUAAGCCUGUUUCAUUUGCAAAGACAUUGACUCAAUCUGAUGCUAACAAUGGUGGAGGUUUUUCUGUUCCUAGGUAUUGUGCCGAGACGAUUUUCCCUCGUUUGGAUUAUGCGGCUGAUCCCCCUCUUCAGAACAUUUUGGCUAAAGAUGUUCAUGGGGAAACUUGGAAGUUUAGGCAUAUUUAUAGAGGGACGCCGAGGCGGCAUCUUUUGACUACUGGUUGGAGUACUUUUGUUAAUCAGAAGAAGCUUCUUGCUGGGGAUUCAAUUGUGUUUUUGAGAGCGGAAAAUGGUGAUCUUUGUGUUGGGAUUCGACGAGCGAAGAAGGGUAUUGGUGGUGGACAUGAGGAUCCAUUACCAUUAGGGUGGAAUCCUGUUGGAGAAAAUUUUCCUCUUCCUUGGUUUACACAGAAUGAGAAUCAAAUGGGGAGAAACAUUAACAACAACAAUGGUUUGAACUCAGGCGCGAAUAUGACUGGGAGGGAAAAAGUUAGGCCAGAAGCGGUCCUUCAAGCAGUAACUUUAGCUGCUAAUAGGCAACCAUUUGAGGUUAUUUACUACCCUCGCGCAAGUACACCAGAGUUUUGUGUGAAGGCGCCUUUAGUAGAGGCGGCAAUGCAGAUUCGAUGGUGUUCUGGAAUAAGAUUCAAGAUGGCCUUUGAAACCGAGGAUUCGUCUCGAAUAAGUUGGUUUAUGGGAAUUGUAUCUGGAGUUCAGUUUGUUGAUCCCCUUCUCUGGCCUAAUUCACCUUGGAGGCUUCUUCAGGUUAAAUGGGAUGAACCAGAUUUACUGCAAAAUGUGAGAAGGGUGAGUCCAUGGUUGGUUGAAUUAGUAGCAAACAUUCCAUCCAUAAACCUUUCACCUUUCUCACAACCAAGGAAGAAAUUGAGAUUGUCGCCGCACCACGAUUUCCCCCUCGACGGCCAAAUUUCAGUGCCAUCGUUUCCUAGUAACCUUCUAGGUCAGAGCAACCUAUUCCGUUGUCUACCCGAAAGUACUCCUGCUGGCAUGCAGGGAGCCAGGCAUGCUCAUUAUGGUCUUCCGAUAUCGGAUCUCCACCUCAGUAAAGUUCAGGCAGGUCUAUUUCCGGCCGGUUUUGUGCCUUUUGAUCAUGCUGCUAAACUACCUAGUGUCUCUAAUAACCUAAUGAUGCAAAAAUCUAGCAUGAGUGAGAAUGUCUCUUGCUUACUAUCCAUGGCAAGUUCUACUCAGUCUUCAAAGAAAUUCGACGAUGAGAAGAAACCUCAGCUUGUUCUUUUCGGCCAAAAAAUUCUCACCGAGCAACAGAUCUCUAAUGACCGUUCAUCAGAUGGAAAUACCAAUAAAAUGGGUAAUUUUUCCGAUGGUUCGGGAACUCCUCAUCAUCAACAAGUCUUACAAAAACGCUCCUCUUGUGAGAGUUUCCAAUGGCAUAGGGAUAACCACGAAGAAACAGAAGCAAGUUUGGAGAGUACGGAUCACUGUAAAGUUUUUCUCGAAUCAGAAGACGUCGGUCGGACAAUCGACCUUUCUUUACUUGGAUCUUAUGAUGAACUGUACAGAAAGCUGGCAGACAUGUUUGGCAUAGAAAAAUAUGAGAAGGUAAGCCGCGUGCUCUACCGCGAUAUAUCUGGAGCAGUCAAACACAUUGGAGAGGAACCAUUCAGUAACUUUACAAGAACAGCGAGGAGGUUGACAAUUCUAAUGGAUUCAAGCAAAUAACCAUUCUUUCAAUUUUGUACAGCUGGUUAAUGAAAUCCUCCAUUGAGCAACAGAAGGAGGCAGAGUGAUCUAAUUUUUGAAUGUUUGGAUUUUGAAAUGUAGUGAAAUCCUUUACUUUUAACUUUGCUUACUUGAUUUCUCUUUUCAAUUUAGUGUUUUUUUUUUUUGGAAGAGGAUAAAUAUGAUUGGUCUUUUAUGUAAUGAAAAAAAAAAACACAAGUAUUCAACUUGAAUACUUAAUUGAAGCAUUCAACUUUGUAGAGAUUGUAAUCUGCCUCA